AUGCGCUUCACGACUGCCUUUGCUGCUCUCACCGUUCUUGCGACGGGUGCUUCUGUCUCCGCACAAAACGCGACCUUCACGGUCACGAGCAACUCGAUCUCCAACGCGUUGUUGUUGACUGCGCCACACUACGGUGCCCCGAAUCCGCCAUGGGUCGUCGGCGCCAACCCUGGCUGGUAUUACGGCAGUGGUACUCCCCCUGUUGGGCUUGGCUGCAUCCUCGAAGGGCUCUUCUGUGAUCUGUUGAAGCUCUUCCCCUUCUGCCUCCAGUGCCCACCCAAGCACCCCCACACCCCGCCCCCAGACUACAUGACCUAUGGCCUCGUCGAUACCGUUGCGGACUGCCAGGCCAUGUGCGACACCGUCAGCGGCUGCACCUUUGCCAAUGCAUACCACGACAACAACGCCGACGUCAAAGGCGACAGCACGCAGCUUACCUGUUCGCUCUUCAGCAAGUGCCUCCCCGCGAGCUCGGCAGACAACUGCGGUGGCCAGACCCAGUCCAACGGCCAGCCCAACUUCAUCACCCAGUCGUACGGCUACUGCAAGAAAAAGCCCACCGCCUAG